AUGGCUCGAAAGAAGAUGAUCCCUUCAACAAAAUCGAAAUCAAGGACGCAUAUGAACAAACGGAAGUCACCAGGGGACCCGUUUUUGAAUUUCCUUCAAAAAUUGCGUAGAAUGCCUCAAAAACUAACCAUAAACGAUAUAGUCUCGAAUGGCACCCGUGUUUGGAAAUGUCUCGAUACCAGAAAAUUGCAAAAUUUGAAUAUGGCUACGAAAGCUAGACGGACUUGGAAGAGGACAGAAACCAAACCAAAAAGCAAGAAGAAUAAUUCGAGGAGUCGGAAACGAAAAGAAGGCAAAUGA